CUGGGACGUGCCAAUCAGCUUGGGGUGCUCCAGCCUAGUUAGCAGGAAGGCCUGGGUGCGCCCCGCCCCCGCCCCCUCCGCCAGCUGUUGGGGGAAGUUUACAUCUGGAUUUUCACACGUUUUUUGUCGCUGCCGCCCAGACUCCGAUAAACCUUGUGGGCACCGGUUUUGGGAACUGCAGCCUUUUCAAACAUUAGCACUGCCUCCCUCGCGCCUCCGGCCCCGGAGGUCCGACCUAGCCCCAGCGGAGAGCAACCCUGAGGGCGCAGUGGAGCCCAGGGCCCGUGACCCUCACUGAGCAGCUAUGGCUGCGGCUAUAGCCAGCUCCCUGAUCCGGCAGAAGCGACAAGCGAGGGAGUCCAACAGCGACCGGGUGUCGGCCUCCAAGCGCCGCUCCAGCCCCAGCAAAGACGGGCGCUCCUUGUGCGAAAGGCACGUCCUCGGGGUAUUCAGCAAAGUGCGCUUCUGCAGCGGCCGCAAGAGGCCAGUGAGGCGGAGACCAGAACCCCAGCUGAAAGGAAUUGUGACAAGGUUAUUCAGCCAGCAGGGAUAUUUCCUGCAGAUGCACCCAGAUGGUACCAUUGAUGGGACCAAGGACGAAAACAGCGACUACACUCUCUUCAAUCUAAUUCCCGUGGGCCUGCGUGUGGUGGCCAUCCAAGGGGUGAAGGCCAGCCUCUAUGUGGCCAUGAAUGGUGAAGGCUAUCUCUACAGCUCAGAUAUUUUCACUCCAGAAUGCAAAUUUAAGGAAUCUGUGUUUGAAAACUACUACGUGAUCUAUUCUUCCACAUUGUACCGUCAGCAAGAAUCAGGCCGAGCAUGGUUUCUGGGACUCAAUAAAGAAGGUCAAAUUAUGAAGGGGAAUAGAGUGAAGAAAACCAAGCCCUCGUCACAUUUUGUACCAAAACCUAUUGAAGUGUGUAUGUACAGGGAGCCAUCGCUACAUGAAAUUGGAGAAAAACAAGGGCGUUCGAGGAAAAGUUCUGGAACACCAACCAUGAAUGGAGGCAAAGUUGUGAAUCAAGAUUCAACAUAGCUGAGAACUCUUCCCUUUAUCCCUCUUUCAUCCCUUCCCUUUCCCCCACUCCUUUGCCCAUUUUCUUCCAAUAAACCCACCCAAGGAGAGAAAAAUAAAAUGGCAACGCAGGACCUGGUGGCUCCCAAAAUCUUCCUUUGUGUAGGACAGGAAAAUUGAACCAAAGCUUUCCUGUUGCAGUGUGGUAGAAAAUGCACAUGCACAAAGAUUAGCACACGUAUAAGCGAGAGGAAAAUAAAUCAAGACUCCACAAACAUUAAAGUAAAUUGUGCAUUUAUUACUAGAGGGCUAAUUGUAAUGAAGACAUAACUGUAAUAAAGAUGAAAUAAAGUUAUUACCUUAAAGAAAAGGGCUUUGUAGAACUGAACUUACAAAUUGAUGUAAUAUCCUAAAUAGCUUAAGUUCUGGGUAAUGCUAUGAUGAGUGCUUUGUUUUAAUUUUGUAUUUUCUUUGGGUAUCUGAAAUUAACACAUUAUUGAGUCCUGUUUUCAGGAUGUUUUUAAACCAUGAUAUUGAACAUUUACUUAUAGAUUUUUAAUGCCCUGAAGAUAUAUAAUAAGGAAUCACUUCACAUCAAGAAAAAUUUAAAAAUUUAUUUUUGAAGUUAUUAUUUAAGACUGUUUUAGACAAAGGAUGGUCUUAUGUUUAAUCUAAUGGUAUUAACAAAUUGAAUUCCUUACUAAAAAGAGUUUCAGGUUCUCUUAAGAGAAUGCCAUAUUUUUAUCCAAGAUAUUAAUCAUUUUUUUAGUAAUUUAGAUUUUUUUUUCUGAGAAUGAAUUCAUUUUUUAGAAGUAUUUGUUAUAACCAUUCCUGGGCAAUGAUGUACAACUUACAUGCUCUUACUGUUUGGUCAGAUUUUUUAUUUUGUGGACAACUUUGAGAGUAUAGGUGCAUGUCUAGUUGUCUUAGAGAGAAUUUGUAUCAUCUAUUGCAACAGGAAAGAAGAAAGAGGAGUUUUACAUAAGAAAAUACAUUCUAGAAAAUUGGUCAAAGCAAAUUAUAUCUGCCUUUGUAACUUACCAGAGUUUUAUGUAUACAGCAUUUUCCAAACUCUGCCAUGAUGUUGGGAGGCAUGGCUGUGAAAUUCCAAACUUACUAUUUUAUGAAGCAGAUGGAUACAUAUCCUUGUUUAUAAGUCUAGGUGACAAUAAGUGUGUUUCCUUGGGGACUUGUAAUAGACUUUCAGGGGUUUAGAGAAAAAAUACGGAAUUGACAGCUAUGGUUUCAACAGACAGGUUUGUAUGAGAAGCUUAAAGUAGUAAAAAUAAAUAAAUAAAACUCAGUGUAAGGCAAAUGCAUAGUUAGGAAAACUAAAGUAUUAGAAAAUAUUAGGAAAGAAAUUAACAUUAUUCAAUUGCCUUGGAAAAACUAGAUCUACUUAGUCCUACAAAUCAGGAAUGGUGUAGAGACAUCCAAAUUAAAAUAAAAUAAAACAGAAUGUUUAAAAAAAUGUAUGCUGAUUUAUGGAUAUUAUUGAAGACAGCAUGUUACUUCUCCUAUAAUUCUACUGUCUGGCAUGUAUUGCUCAAAAUAUUACUCCCUAAAAUGUAUACUCUUUGAAGAUGCUCAAGGUCACUACAGCUUCUCUCACUCUACACAAUCAUUAUUCUCCAAUAGUGAUUCCUAUACUUCACCAAGUAUUCUAUUAAUGUUAUCAGGAGAUUAGCAGAAAACAAAAAGGAAGAUUUUGCCUAAUCAAUUGCAAAGAAUGGAAGUUAAGUAUCUAGGCAAGGAUUUUGAGCACAAAUUUGCAAGAAAUAUUCAUUUAUCCAAAAUAUUUAGAAAGUAACAAAUAAAGACAUUGAAAUUAAAGAAAAAAAAGGGAAAUGUUGAAAAAGAAUGCCCUUGUUAAACACACACACACACACACACACACACACCCAAAAAAAAACACCUGGUUGUAUUUCUCCUUGUCACUCUUUAUUCAACUUGAUAAUAAAUGCACCUGUCACUUUCAGGACCAAACCAAUCCCAAGCACAAAGCCUUAUUUUCUUUAAAGACAUAAAAAAGAGGCUUCUACAAAAUGGGUCACAGGCUCAUUUAACAUGAAAUUAUCUGUGGGGUAGGGCCACAUGCAUGUAUACACUCACCACAAACUCAUCAGUAACACCAUUUUCACAAAGUGCUAUCAAUUACUCAGAGGACUUCAUGACAGAAUACAUUUAAUCCAGUUAAAUAUUAUGAAAAAUAUGAGAGAUCUGAAUCUCCAAUAGAAUUCCCUGUUUUCAGUGGCUGCUUGUUUGGUAUCUAGAGUCAUUUGUUUCCUUCCUGGCAGCAGUUAAGAAGCAGAGUUCUAACUCAACAACUUCUGUAAAUUUUUUCCCCUCUAUAUCAUUUAAGCAAAUGUUCAUCACAGUAAAAUGUUUUGUAUGUUAGCUUUGUCGUAGUUACAGUUACGUUCAGAGAAUAAGUUAGAAACAUAUUACAUUAUCACAUGAACCUGACUGUGUUUAGAGCACAGGUGAACAUUUGCUUAAUUACUGCUUCCUUUGUGAGCACCGAAAACUAGUCAUAGAAAACAUCAGUAUUCACAGUCUAGGUUUUUUGUUGUUUUUUAAAUUAGCAAAUGUAAAAUAAUUAUCUGGUUUUCUCCAAAAAUAUGAGCCAGUUUAAAUAGUUUAUUUUCAGAUUUGUUCAAGUAAAAAAAAAUAUUUACUUUGAUAUAUUCAUUAUCCCAAUUUCUGGGUCUCAAUUCAUCCCUCAAUUAUUCUCCUAUAAGUGAAGUAAGCUGUUUAAAAAAUUAAAUCUCAGGAGAAAUAUGACUUCUAACAAAGCUUUGUUAUUGGCUCUGUACUACAUAAUAAGACAUGUUUAGCCUGAGAGUCAUUACAAAAUGUUUUAAAAUCACUGGGCUUAAGAAUGAGAACAAAACUUUGGAGACUCUCACAAAAUAGUUUUCUGGUCAAUAUACCCAACUUGCUUGUUAAGCUAGAAGUUUGAGGUCUUGAAACAAAAAUGGUGCUUUAGUUCCAUUUGCUAAUUCAAAAAGUUUUGUGUCUCUGGAAACUGGAGGACAGCAAGCAAACCUAUUCUUGAUCGAAGUAAUAGUUUGGUUCGAAUUUUACAUAUUAAUUUUAUAGCACAUUUUUUGCCACAAAGACUUGGCCCAAUAAAGCGAUGCCAACUGAUGCACAUUGUGACACUUUAUGGACCUCCUUAUAACCCAGAUAGGUUUUUUGAAAACUGUGUUGAAGACAAUGACAAUACUGAAGAUAGGUAUUAUUUAUAAAUGGGUGAUGUUGUGGUGCCUCUAGCAAGAGAUGAGAGUAUUAAGACAAAGUCAAAGGAUCAAAAUGGCUUAACAUGUAUUGAAAAGUUUGAAGGUCCUAACUUAUGGUCCCUGAUUUCUUGGUGAAGAAGCAUGACUACAUCAACAGUAAUUUUUUUUUAAACAUAGAUCCAGAAAUAACAAAUCUAUUGCACCUUUAUAGCUUAAUGUACCAGGCCUUGCUCCAAGAAAGGUUUCCAUGAAGUUGUUUCAUUUCAUCUGCACAAGGUGAAAUACAUUCAAGUAUAAAAAAAAACUUCCCUGCUCAUUGUAAUAUCAUAAAAAGCUGAGAUUGUAAAUAGCGUUUUUUAAAAAUCAGAAUCACAAUUAAAACAGUGGAUUGUUCUACAAAUAUAUAUGUGUAUAUAUACAAAUGCUUCUGAAAUAAGAACUUAUAUAGAAUUUUUAUUUGAUUUGUGGUAUUUAGUUAUAGGUGAUAAAAAAAAUAAAGAGAUUUGAAUGUAAAACUUUAUAUAUAAAUGUAUAUUUCUAAUGAUAGUAUAAAUUGCCACUUUAUAACAAAAGAAGAAACAGGUGGGAAGAACAGUCAAAGCACAUGCUCCUUCAGAACUUCAUGAUCUGAAUCCCCUUUUUGAUGCAGAGGCAAUUAUUUUUUUAUUUCUAAAAAGUUAUAUUAUAAACCUAUACUUCCUGAAACAGAUUCCAUGAUAAGUCAUAGCAAAUUGAAAAUUUAUGUUUAAGGGCUGGAGAAAGAUGUUAAAUGCUCAUCUUACUUUUCAGGAUGUUUUUCCUGGAGCCCAAGUUAAAUAUUCAAUAUGUAAGAUCUAAAAUAAGUGAAAAUUGUUAAUGUUCAGAGAUGGCAUGUUGAUUUUUGGUAUCAAACAGAAGCAAAAAAUAUUUUACAUUAUACUAUUAGCAAAAAAUAAUGCCAUAAAUUUCACCAUUAGAUGUUUUAUUAGUUGGAAAGAAUGAGUUGAUGCUUCUUUGUCUUCGCUCCAAGCACAAACUAAAAAGACGGACACUCAUUUCACUUAAAGUUGUUCAAAAGUCCAAACUCUCAUGAGUAGAAUCAACAUUAGCUCCAUUACAAGGUUCAAUGUUGCAGUUUUAAGAAAUUAUUGACACUGAAAUGUUUAAUAAACAUGAUAUAUGAGAAACUGAACAAAUUCAUGUUUUGUUAUUGCAUUAAAGCACAUAUUAUUCAAAUUAUGGCUUUUAGAGAUCAGAUUUGUAAAAUGUUUAUACAUCCCAACGUUCCUGAAGUUAAAAGCAAUUAUAUUCUUGAGAUGCUCAUGCAUGUACACAAAAUACUUGCACUUUUUUUUACAUUAAAUUUCUUUGGGAAGUGUC